AUGUAUUACAAGGUUUCCCCCUUCUGUAAAAAAUGAAAAAGGUCUCAUAAUUGCUGUAAAUUUCUUCAUACAAGUUAUAAAUCAGGCCAACUUCAUUAACGUUUAGUGAACUGUAAAUUUGAGUAUUUCUAAGUGCAGUUGGCCAAUUUUGUGAAGGGCAAGACAAGAACAAGACCUUGUUCCUUUUCCCUGUUAUCCAUGUUGACGGAUCAACAUAAACAGACAUGCAGGUAAUUGUGUGUGAAUACACAUGAUUAGUGGAUAAUCCUGUAUGAUUUUAUGUUGAUGCGAUCAUAUUGUUAAUUUUUUUAUACUUGUACACUAAAUUUAUUGAUUUAUUAUAAGCUUAAUUGUGCAUGUAGAUUAUGGAUAUCAAUUAUUUAAAAGUAAUUUUGUGUAGUUUUAUUGUUUUAGUUUAUGGGAUCGUUGCAUUAAACAAUUUUUCACUUGUAUGCCGUGUGAAUUAUGGUAAUUGUCCAAAAGAAAGUUGAAAAUAGAAUCAAAUAAUAACAAGCAUAAAGGUUAGGUGACACAAAAAUACAGUUAUACUAAUAUUUACCCACACACAUCCCAUACUUACUUACUAACACCACCACCUCUGCCUCCAUCUCUGUGUAUGCCUACAAUUACCUGCAAAUCCCUUUCAUACAUGUGUGCCUGGAACCUUUGUUGCACAGCACUAUGAUUUGCCCACAUACUCUUUUGCACAGUUUUACUAAUUGGCCAUACAAAAGUUUUCAGCUAUUGUAAUGACUGUGGAAGCUGACUAUUAUAUAGAAUUUAAAAUGGUUUUGCCCUCUUCUUUUUAAGUCAAGGAUUUGUAAUUCACACCUAUAGAAUGACAAUGUUUUGAGCUGCUUGUGCACAUAUAUUGGGAAACAACAGUAUAUGUAUUUCAUCAUUUCAGAGUUAAAGAUAUCACCAAGAAAGCUUCCUAUUAAAGCAUUUCUGUAUUAAAAAAAAAAUGCAGACAGUGCACAGUUAAAAAAAAAAAACUUGCAGGAAAAGAAGUUUUUAGCUACAAAUACCUUCCUACAUGAAAAUCUGCAGUCACAACAAUAUCAACUAAUGUAUCUACACAUCCACAUCAGCACACCAAAAUCUACACACCAAUACCCACACGCAUUCCUACAUUCACAAAUGCAAGUGCAUAAAUGUACACCCAUUUCCAUGACUCUCUCCCCUCCUAUGUGUAUCUAGGCAUAUUCAUAGGCAUAUGUACACUUUGGGUACUAUAAUCCUUGUAGAUAUCCUACUUUUCAUGUGUGUAAGUAACAUAUUAGGUGAGGCAUUUUGCAACUGAUUUCUCUC